AAUCUUAAAUUUCUAAAAUCCUUACGUGCUUGUCAAAAUUUGAUCGUAAAAGUACCAGUCCACCAAUUUUGCGCUGGUUAACACUGGCGGAUCAGCUGUUUUUGUUGUGGUUUGCGCUGUGUUACGUGCCCUGCACUCGGAUUCUUAAAGGGAGCGAUGAGCGGACUGUUUCCCAAAUUGUGGCGUCCAUGUGACCUUUUGUUUCUGCGCCGGACUACGCAGGCACUUCCGGUUGUCGGCGUCAAGCAAAGCCAAUGGAACGGACUCCGUUGGCUGGCCACCAGUGCUGACAAAAAUCCGGCAAGCGACCUGCGUGAGUUACCGCACUGCAAUGUAGGCACCAUCGGUCAUGUGGACCACGGAAAAACGACCCUGACCGCCGCCAUCACAAGGAUCCAGUCCCAAAAGGGCCUGGCGGAGUACCGCUCCUAUGACCAGAUCGAUCGGGCGCCCGAGGAAAAGGCGCGCGGAAUAACCAUAAACGCUUGCCAUAUUGGCUACGCCACCACUGAGCGCACCUACGCUCACACGGACUGCCCGGGUCAUGCGGACUACAUUAAGAACAUGAUCUCGGGGGCCUCCCAAAUGGAUGGCGCCAUCCUUGUUGUGGCUGCCACCGAUGGUCAGAUGCCACAGACGCGGGAACACCUGCUGCUCGCCAAGCAGGUUGGCAUUCAGCGCAUUAUAGUGUUUAUAAACAAGGCCGACCUAGUUGACCAGGAGGUGCUCGAACUGGUAGAAAUUGAGAUGCGUGAGAUGUUGAGUGAUUUCGGCUUUGAUGGUGUCAACAGCCCUGUGAUUUGUGGUUCAGCAUUGCUAGCUCUCCGCGAGGAUAAGUCUGAAUUUGGCGUUCCCUCUAUUGAAAAGCUAUUGGAACAUUGCGAUUCCUACAUACCAACGCCCCAGCGCGAUGUAACUGCCCCAUUUAUCCUGCCCAUUGACAAUGCUUUUACGGUCCCCGGAAGGGGAACCGUGGUAGUUGGCACCAUUAAACGCGGCACUAUUCCCCGGAAUGCAGAUGCUGAUCUGCUUGGCUUCAAUCAGAACCUGAAAACAAGCAUUAGUGACAUCCAGAUCUUUCGGAAGAGUGUGCCUCAGGCGCAGGCCGGGGAAAAUGUGGGCGCCCUACUGCGAGGCAUCAAGAUAUCUGCCGUGGAGCGCGGAAUGUUGCUGUGUGCAACGGGUUCCGAGGACAUUUCCAACCAUUUUGAGGGUUCCAUGUACCUACUUUCGCGGGCGGAGGGUGGUCGCUCCAAGCCAAUGCUCUCCAAGUACAUUCAGCAGCUAUUUAGUCAGACGUGGAAUGUUCCGGCACGUAUAGAUAUAAUUCCCAGUGAGGCUAUGCUGAUGCCGGGUGAGCAUGGCCAGGUGCGCGUCACUCUGUUGCGAAAAAUGGUCAUGACACCUGGUCAGGCCUUCACCAUACGCGAGAAUGGAGCCACAGUGGCCACCGGAAUGGUUAUGCAGCGACUGCCCUCCCUGGACCUUCCCAAGAACAAGCUGUCGAAAGCGCUGGUGGAUUGUUAACGACUCGCAAUUAUAUUUGUACAAAUUCAUAAAUUGCUAUUCAUACACGAAAAA